AUGAAUCAAAGCCCUUUGUUGUUAAGCUACGAGAACUAUAAUGACUUCUAUGCUAACCCAGAUGUGGUCGAGAACGCUGGUAUAGCACCACUUCAAUUAUGUGGCAAUCAGAUGCCAUAUCAGCCAGCUAUUUUUACCAAAGCUGUAGAUGGGUUGUUAUCAGAUAUUAAAGAUGCCACUCCAAAAACCACUAAUUUCUAUGUAGCAUCUACAAGGCAAAACACAAAUGGAAAUGGAAAUGGAACUGUGUAUGCUAUUGCACAGUGUAUUCAAAAUAUAACCCAGGGCAUUUGCCAAAACUGCAUCAAUGCAGCGUAUACUAGUUUAUCAAAUUGCCUUCCUAACACAGAAGGAAGGUCUAUCUACAUGGGUUGUUUUGCAAGGUAUUCAGAGACUCCGUUCUUCAACAAUAACCAAACAAUAGACAUCACAAAUUUCAUAAAAGUUGUUGGGCAUUCAAGUAACGUGCCCAAAAUUGUUGGAGCAAUUGGUGGUGUAGGUCUUAUAUUCAUUUUGAUUGUUUAUUGGUUAUGGUUUCGACUGUGGAAGAAAUCUAAGAAGACAGAAGAAGGCGAACCAGACUUGGACAGGAGAAUUAACUACAAUUAUAAACAUCUGCAGUCCGCAACAAACAAUUUCAGCGAAGAUAAUAUUUUAGGAAGAGGAGGUUUUGGGGAAGUGUUCAAGGCGCUUCUUGAUGAUAACAAUAUUGUGGCAAUUAAGAAAGUUCAAGUAGGGAAUGCUAAAGCGAAAGAAGAAUUCGAAAACGAAGUGAAGCUCAUAAGUAACGUUCACCAUCGAAAUCUUCUUCGUCUCCUAGGAUGGUCAAGCGAAGGAUCUAAUCUACUUCUUGUCCUUGAAUACAUGCCCAAUGGCAGCCUUGACAGAUUCUUGUGGGGUGCAAAAAAGGGGACUUUGUACUGGAAACAACGACAUGACAUAAUAUAUGGGAUAGCCAGAGAUUUUGGGCUGGCAAGGUUUCACCCAGAUGAUCUUAGUCAUAUUAGCACCAAGUUUGCCGGGACAUUGGGCUACGCAGCACCAGAAUAUGCACUUCAUGGUAUUUUAUCAGACAAAGUGGAUACUUAUAGCUUUGGUAUCGUAAUUCUUGAAAUCAUUAGUGGAAGAAGGUGUACUGACAUGAACCCUGAAAGACCAUCCGUGGAUUACCUAUUGGAACAUGUAAGAUACCCCAUUAAUAUUAUGCUCCCUUUUCUGUUGGUUUAUAGAAAGUAA